AUGAACGGCGCACCCACUCCUGCAACGGGGGCGGCGGUGGUCAAUGGCGUACACCGGAGCAACGGUACCAACGGUACCAACGGCAUCAAUGGCACCACAACACACGAAGACUUUGACGUCGUCAUCAUUGGCGCCGGCAUCUCGGGAAUAAACUCGGCGUACCGUCUGCGCGAAGCCUUCCCGGACCUCAAGUUCGCCAUAUUGGAGCGCCGCAACGUCAUGGGCGGCACCUGGUCCUUUUGGAAGUACCCAGGCAUCCGUUCCGACAGCUCCCUGUCCGUGUUUGGCUUCUCGUGGCACAGCUGGCCGCACGACAUUGACUUUGCCCCCGCCCACCUCAUCACCGAGUACAUCCAAGACGCCGUCAAGACCCAGGGGCUCGACAAGCACAUCCGCUUCGGGUACGACGUCCAGUCCAGCUCCUGGUCGAGCGACGAGCAGAAGUGGACGGUGGAGGUGGAGGCCCACCAGCAGAGAGAAGGCGGCGGCGGUGAGGACGAGGUGCGCCACGUCACGAUCAAGACCGGCUGGCUGUUCAUGUGCAGUGGCUACUACGACUACUCCAGGGCACGCGAGGUCGAUAUUCCCGGCCUCGAGAGGUUCCGGGGCGAGGUGGUCCACCCGCAGUUCUGGCCCGAGGAGACGGACUGCACGGGCAAGCGCGUCGUGGUCAUCGGCUCGGGUGCAACCGCCAUCACCAUCAUCCCCGACAUUGUCGACAAGGCCGCCCAGGUCACCAUGCUGCAGCGCAGUCCGUCGUACGUCUUGGCGCUGCCCAAGAGGGACCGCGUCAGAAACUUCCUCCGCCGGGUCUUGGGCAUUCGCCUGGCGAGCCGCAUCGACUUUUGGCGGCGCUGCCUGCUCGAGGUCCUGUUCGCGCAGGGCUUCCUGCUAAGCUUCCCCCAGGCAGGGCGCAGGUACCUGGCCAUGGAGGCCCGGAAGAACCUGCCGUCGGACUACCCCCUGGACGUGCACUUCAACCCGCGCUACGACCCCUUCGAGCAGCGGCUGUGCAUGUCGCCCGACGGGGAUUUCUGGCAGGCUCUGAAGCGGCCCAACUGCCAGGUGGUGACGGCGACCAUCGACACGUGUGACGAGGCGGGCGUCGUGCUCAAGAACGGCCCCAAGGGCGUGCAGACCCCCGAGAGGCUGGACGCCGACAUGGUCAUCACGGCGACGGGCCUGUACGUGCAGAUGCUGGACGGCAAGUCGCCCGUGGUCGACGGCAAGGUGAAGCCGACCAACGAGAGCUACAUCUGGCGCAGCUGCAUGCUGGAGGGCGUGCCCAACGCCUGCUCCAUCCAGGGCUACGUGGCCGGGUCGUGGACCCCGGGCGCCGACGUGCGCGUCAAGAUGGCCCUGGCCGUCAUGAAGCACCAGAGGAAGAUCGGCGCCACGUCGGCCACGCCCUACAUGUCCCCCGAGGAGAAGAGGAGCAUGCCCAAGCGGCCCGUCAUCCCAAACAGCUCGACGUAUCUGAGGGAGGCGAGGAGUCGCCUGCCCUUGGUGGGCGACAGGGAUCCCUGGCAGUACGGGUCCAACGUCGCGGCGGACAUGUGGCGGUACUAUACAGGGAGUGUCACCAAGGGGAUGAAAAUGGGAUCCAACGACGUCCCACCGCCGCACGUGCCAAAACACGUCGUCCCCGUCUCCAAUGCGCUCCUGCAGGUGGGCGGGUCGUGCUGGACGGCGGCGUACGCGCUGUACCUGGUGGAGUCGCGGCGGUCCAAGUCGUACGGCAUGCCCAUGUUCGCGCUGGCGCUCAACUUUGCCUGGGAGCUCGUGUACGCGUUCCAGGUGGCCGAGUCGCCGCUCGAGCGCACCGUCUUCGCCGUCUGGAGCGUCAUCGACGUCGGGCUCGUCUACGGCGUCGUCCGCUUCGGCGGCCGCGAGUGGGGCCGCCAGUCCGCCUGGGUCGCCCGCCACCUCGCCGCCGUCUUCGCCGUGCUGCUCGCCCUCGCCCUCUGGCUGCAGUGGAGCUUUGCCAACUGGUGGAUCGCCAACGAGGUCGGCAGGCGCGAGGGCAAGUUCUACCGCGGCGUCGUCGGGCCCGACACCACCGAGCUCGGCUUCUGGACUGCCGCCUUUUGUCAGGCCUACCUGUCGGCCACGAGCCUGGCGCAGCUCGUCAUCAGAGGGCAUUCCGGGGGCGUCAACUGGUGGAUCUGGGCAUCCAGGCUCACCGGCUCCAUCGUCGGGCUCUGGGUCAACUACAGCUGGGCAUGGUACUGGUGGCCCGAGGCGCACCCUUAUGUCGUUUCCGAACCGUCCAUCUUCCUUUUCGGCGUAUCCAUGCUCAGCGACCUCGUCUAUGCCCCCGUCCUGUGGAGAACCCGCGCUACGGAAAAGACCCUGGCAGACGGAAGCAAGAUCCCAGCGGACGGGCAGCCAGAGAGCGGCUCAGUCAGCAUCAAGAAGAUGUCAUGA